AUAAGCAGGGUUUUAGACAUUAUUGACAUUUGGUUUUGCUUUUAAUAGGUGUAAAGUUGUGACUACCAAAUAUAUGACAUGUAAUUUUGUCUUAUCCUCUGGUGUUAUUCUGUCCUCAGCGCUCGCCUUGGCCUGUGCAUCUUAUGUUUGAGUUUUGCUGGCAGCAUCAUGUGUGAAUGUACCCCAACUUCCCUAAGGGACCUUCUGUUAGCAGUGUGCAGGCUGUGACAAACUUGCUUUGUCCUCCGGAGAAAGACAAGGGGAGUUUCUUCUCCCCCGCAGGUGCCAUGACCCAGCAGCCCCGGGAGGGCUUUGACAGGAGCGUGGAGGAGGCCCGCGCAUGGAUGCAGGCGGUGAAGGAGCGGCUGCAGGUCAAUGACAACACCCAGGGGCCCCUGGCGGCCCUGGAGGCCAGACUGCAGGAGACUGAGAAGAUCUGCCGGCUGGAGCCAGAGGGGCAGCUGAAGGUGGGCCUGGUGCUGCGAGCUGCCGAAACCCUCCUUGCAUGCUGCCUCGAGGACCAGCGGCCCGAGAUCCUGGCCCAGCUGAGGGACCUCAAGGACCAAUGGGAGGAGACGGUCACAUACAUGACUCACUGUCACAGCCGCAUCGAGUGGGUCUGGCUGCACUGGAGGGAGUACCUGCUGGCCCAGGACGAGUUCUACCGCUGGUUUCAGAAGAUGGUGAUCGCGCUGGAGCCCCCGGCCGAGCUGCAGCUGGGUCUGAAGGAGAAGCAGUGGCAGCUGAGCAGUGCCCAGGUCCUGCAGCACAAUGUGAAGAACCAGGCUGAGCUCUUGGACAGGCUGCUGGAGGAGGCGGCCUCCCUGUUCAGUAGGAGCGGGGACCCCAGCGUGGACGAAGAGGCGCAGAGGAGGAUGAAGGCUGAGUACGACACAGUGAAGGCCAAAGUCCAGGACCGGGUGGACCUGCUGGCACGGGUGGCCCAGGACCACGAGGAAUAUCAGGUGGAUGUGGACGAGUUCCAGCUGUGGCUGAGGGCGGUGCUGGAGAAGGUGCAGGCCUGCGUGGGCAGCCACUGCCAGCUGUCUGCUGAGCUCCGUCUCUCCACCUUGCAGGACAUUGCCAAGGAUUUCUCCCAGGGCGAGGAGUCUUUGAGGAGGCUGGAGGCACGGUCUGCAGGCAUCAUACAGAACACCUCUCCCUUGGGCGCGGAGAAAAUCGCCAGGGAACUGGAGGAGAUGCGGAAGGUGCUGGAGAAGCGGCGGGUCCUCUGGGAGACGGAGAAGGCACAGCUGCAGGACCUGCUCUCAUCCAAGGGUGCCUGUGAGCAGCGGACCCGGCAGUUGGAGGUCGAGCUCGGAGAGUUCCAGAAGGGCCUCCAGAGGCUGGCCCAGGAAGGGCUGGAGGCCUCAGCAAUGGCGACGACAGCAGGGACUGAAGAUGAGCUGGUGGCCCGCUGGAGGCUCUACUCGGCAUCUCGGGCGGCACUGGCUUCAGAGGAGCCUCGGGUGGACUGCCUGCAGGCCCAGCUGAAGGAGCUCAUUGCCCUCCCCAGCCUGCAGCCGCUGUGUGACAGUGUGGUGUCCGCCAUCCAGGAAUACAAGAGCAUGAAGGGGAAGAGCACCAGGCAGUGCAAUGCCACCAGGAUAGCCCUGUGGCAGUGUUUCCAGCGACCCCUCCAUGAUCUGCAGCUGUGGCGGGCCCUGGCCCAGCGGCUCCUGGAUGUCACCGCCAGCCUGCCAGACCUGCCUUCCAUCCACACCUUCCUGCCCCAGAUCAAGGCCGCCCUGGCAGAAAGCUCCCGCCUGAAGGAGCAGCUGGGGUCACUGCCGCUGAAGAGGGAUCUGCUGAGCAGCGUCUUUGGCCAGGAGAGAGCCUCGGGCCUCCUGGAGCAGGUGGAGAGCUUCCUGCGGGACAGAGACCUGCUACACAGCGCCCUACUGCAGAGGAAAAGCAAGCUACAGAGUUCUCUUGCUCAGCACAAAGACUUUGGGGCUGCUUUCGAGCCCCUGCAGAAGAAGUUGCUGGAUCUCCGGGCCAGGGUCCAAGCUGAGAAAGGGCUUCAGCGGGACCUUCCGGGGAAGAAGGCCCAGCUCCUGCGACUGCAGGGCCUGCAGGAAGAAGGGCUGGAGCUGGACAUGCAAAUAGAGGCCAUGAGGCCUCUUGUCCAGGGGGAUUCCAGCCACCAGCCCAAAAUGGACCAGCUCUGCUCCGACACUUUCUCCCUCUCCUUCAUUCCUUUGUGUGACCUCGUGGACAGGUGUCAGCAGGGCGUGCAGGAGCAUUGCACCUUCAGCUGCCGGCUGCUGGAGCUGCAGCAGUGGAUCACCAGGGCCACACGGAUGCUGGAGUCACACCGAGGGGACGCGGGCCCAUGGAAUACCAAGUCCCGAGAGGCUGCGGUCGAGAUGCUGGUGGCUGAGCUCCCCGAGAAGGAGGUCUGCCUGGCCCUGGUGGAGGCGCACAGCCAGCUGGUGAUGGAAAAGUCUUCUCCGGAGGGCGCGGCCGUGGUCCAGAAGGAGCUGAGGGAGCUGGUGGAGUCCUGGCAGGCCCUGCGGCUGCUGGAGGAGAAUGUGUUGAGCCUCAUCAGAAACAGUAAGCUGCAGAACACAGAGGCGGACUCAGGGAAGAAGCUGGUUUUCACCAACAACAUCCCAAAGUCGGGCUUCCUCAUCAACCCCUUGGACCCUAUCCCCAGGCCACGGUGGCACAGGGCAAAUCCACUCGAGGAAGGUGAAGGCGGCGCUGAAGAUUUCUCCCAGCUCCUGAGGAAUUUUGAACGGUGGCUGCAGGUAGAAAAUUCCAAGCUGGUUAGAAGCAUUGCGAUGAGAGCCACCUCGGCCAAGGACACGAGAACCAGAGAAGCAAAGCUGCAGGAGCUGCAGGCACGAGUCCCAGAAGGCCAGCAGCUCUUCGAGAACCUCCUUCAUCUCGGGCCUGCGAGGGCAGCCCCAGAGGAGCUGGAAGACCUGCGCUACCGCUGGAUGCUGUACAAAUCCAGGCUCAAGGACGCUGGCCGCCUGCUGUCACCAAGUUCUCCGGGGGAGCUGGGCGGAUUCCAGAAGGCGCGGUGGUGGCGUGGCCCGUGCUCCCUGCUCCGGAAGGCAUGCUGCGUGGUGCUGUGGUUGCUUCUCUUGCUCCUGCUCUUUCUGCUGCUGCUCUUCCUGCUGCCAGCCGCGGAGGAAGCCCACAGCUGCACCCGGGCCAACAACUUCGCCAGCUCCUUGCUUCUCAUGCUCCGCUACAACGGUCCCCCACCCACCUAGCCUGCCGUGGGGUACAUAGUGACCUUCUCUUUCGGCCUCCAGCAGCUCCGGGGCUUCUCUGAGUUCCCCAGCUGCAGAAACUGGAGAUGUGGACCAGAGGCUGCAGAGCUGCCUCGUCACGGAUGCUGCGGCAGGGUCCCAGGACAACCUUUCUUUUUAUACAGCAUUUUCUUCGCCUAUUUAUACCAUGUGCAGCUAGGGGAACAAGUACAGAAUUUUUAUAUGCUCGCUAUCUAAAGGCUCAGUACAUAUAAUUCCAUAUAUGAUGUCUAUUUGUAGCUGGGGGCAUCCCGAGCAGCUUCUCUGUGGGAUUUUGUAGUUUCUGGGCCUUGGCCUGUAGUGAGCCCCUGAAAGCAGGAACCGUGCAUGUCACCUUGGUGUCGGCCUCUUACCCAGAAGCCAGCCCCUAACCCAGAUGUCAGUGAAAUGGCCUUGGAGCUGUCCGCAUAGAGACAGGCAGCCCCUCACUUUCUGCACAUGGAGAUGGUUUUUUAACCACAAA